AGAAAAAAAAAAAAAAACAAGCCAUGUUUGGGAUUCUAGGGUUUAACGCCGCCAUGGAAAAAAGGCAGAAGCAAGUAGUUUCCAGCCCAAGCAAGUCCCCACCAAGAGAAUACAAGAAGGAGAUCCCAGCUGAUGUCUUGAUCGACAUAUUCUCAAGGUUGCCAUUGAAAGACGUCGCAAGGUGUCGUUGUGUGUCGAAGCUCUGGUCUUGCGUGCUUCGUCGUCGAGACUUCACCCAACUGUACCUGAAAGUGUCAUCGGAUCGUCCGCGUCUCUUAUUCACCUUCCUAUACAAGGGUAAGCGGAUCUUUUACUCCAUGCCUCAGGAUCUAGAUCCAGACCAAGACUACCCCAUUGUAUAUCCCCAUUACCAGAUGCAUUUCCCUAAAGGUUUGGGUUCUUCAGAUGAUGUGUGUCCAUCUAUACUUGGUUUCAUCUGUACCAAAUCUAGGAAGCCGAUGAUCUGUAACCCUAGCACAGGACAGUACAUAUCUUUACCCGUAGCGACAACCAAGAGGAAUCUGAGUAGACCCUAUUUUGGGUAUGAUCCUAUCGGGAAAGUCUUCAUGGUAUUGAGCGUGUCUGAUGAUUAUGUGUGUCGAGUUUCAACAUUAGGAACGGGAGAAGUGACCUGGNAAAAAAGGCAGAAGCAAGUAGUUUCCAGCCCAAGCAAGUCCCCACCAAGAGAAUACAAGAAGGAGAUCCCAGCUGAUGUCUUGAUCGACAUAUUCUCAAGGUUGCCAUUGAAAGACGUCGCAAGGUGUCGUUGUGUGUCGAAGCUCUGGUCUUGCGUGCUUCGUCGUCGAGACUUCACCCAACUGUACCUGAAAGUGUCAUCGGAUCGUCCGCGUCUCUUAUUCACCUUCCUAUACAAGGGUAAGCGGAUCUUUUACUCCAUGCCUCAGGAUCUAGAUCCAGACCAAGACUACCCCAUUGUAUAUCCCCAUUACCAGAUGCAUUUCCCUAAAGGUUUGGGUUCUUCAGAUGAUGUGUGUCCAUCUAUACUUGGUUUCAUCUGUACCAAAUCUAGGAAGCCGAUGAUCUGUAACCCUAGCACAGGACAGUACAUAUCUUUACCCGUAGCGACAACCAAGAGGAAUCUGAGUAGACCCUAUUUUGGGUAUGAUCCUAUCGGGAAAGUCUUCAUGGUAUUGAGCGUGUCUGAUGAUUAUGUGUGUCGAGUUUCAACAUUAGGAACGGGAGAAGUGACCUGGAAAAGGGUCGAAUGUUUGAUAACCCAUCAACCGUUACAUACUGAGGUAUGCAUUGAUGGGGUGUUAUAUUAUUUAGCUAAGCGCAUGGGCGAUGGAACUCCACCAGGUUAUAUGGUCGUAUGCUUUGAUGUUAAAUCGGAGAGGUUCAAGUUUCUGGAUGUUGAGUUACCAAUUUUGGGUUCAGCUCUCAUAAACUACAAAGGUAACUUGGGCAUAUUGUUUCCAGAUUCGGGUAUUAUAUAUGAAGGCACAGAAAGUUUGGAGCUGCGGGUUCUAGAGGCCGAUACUGAUGAGGUCAAAUGGUCGAAUACUGUCUACAUAUUGCCAUUUUACUGGAAGUAUGCAGUUUCACAUUCCUUCCUGUACAUUGCUGGGAUGACUAGUGCAGGUGAAAUUGUGUUGUCGACAAGCUUUCUAGUGGAGCCUUUCGAGGUGAUCUACUACAAUAUUGUGCAGAAUACCGUGGAAAGAAUUGAAAUCACUUUCGGAAUUGUAGAUAAGAAGGCUCCCUGCUCAAGGGUUUUGACUUUGAUAAACCAUGUAGAGAAUGUGGAGCUUAUGGAUUAGGAUCGUU